AUGCUUGGCAAUUCUAAAUUUGUUGAUGAACUUCUCACUCGAAUGCAUGAGCUGGCUAACGAACUAAAUUCCCAAAGGCAAUCACUACUUCACUUAGCAGCAACCAAAGGGAACCAUCAAAUUGUGACAAGGUUAAUGCAGGUUAACCUUGAUAUGUGCCUUGUUUGUAACCUUGAUGGGAGGAACCCUCUUCACAUUGCAACCAUGAAAGGCUACAUUUAUGUGUUGGUAAAGUUGUUUUAUGGCAAACCCUGGACAGCUCGAUCACUAAUGGCCCAAGGUGACACCAUUUUGCAUGGAUGCGUAAGGUGCAACCAGCUCGAGGCUUUGGAGUUAUUGGCCAUAAAGUUUUUGAUUUAUCGGGAAGAGGUGGACAAGAACCGUAAGAAUAAAGAUGGUCUCAAGGUACUUAAUCUUUUAUCACAAAGCCAAAGAGAUGAGUUUGCUAACGAUGAGUCAUUGUCUGACGUAAUAAGGAACAACAUCUUAUUAUCAAAACAAGAACCUGAUCAAUCAAAUGCAAUACCGAAAGCUAAGGGAAGAAAUGUUGAUUGGUUGGAAAGAAAAUGCCACCACCUAAUCCUGGCGGCUUUGCUGCUAGCAAACAUGGCAUUCCAUGCAGCCGUCAAUCCUCCUAGUGGAGUUUGGCAAGACAACGACCCAAGUCACAGGGCAGGGCAUCUCUCAUCAUCAUCCAAUUGCUUAUACCCAAUUUCUUAUAAGCGGAUUGCCAAUCCAAAUACAUAUACCCAAUUCCUCAUAUCAAAAACAUUUGGUUUCAUGGCAUCUCUCAUCAUCAUCCAAUUGCUUAUAAGCGGAUUGCCAAUCCGGCGUAAAUUGUUUAAGUGGGUUUUAAUGGUCGCCAUGUCGGUUGCCAUUGCUGCCAUGAUUAGUGAGAUAAGAAGGUUAAUAGGACCAUUGCCUGAGAAGUUGGCCAUUUAUUGUUCUGAUGCAGCCAUAGCAAGAUAUUUAAGGGCACAAAACUGGAAUCUCAAGAAGGCUACUAAAAUGCUGAAAGAAACCUUGAAAUGGAGAGCGGAAUACAAACCAGAAGAGAUUCGUUGGGAAGAGGUUGCUCAUGAAGCUGAGAGGGGAAAGAUAUACAGAUCAAAUUAUAUAGAUAAGCAUGGAAGAACAGUUCUUGUUAUGAGACCUAGUUGCCAGGUUUCAUCUGACUUCCUCUAUAUCUCUAUAAUUCAUAUAUCUGGUACUACAUAA